CAUUACAGAACUUGAAUCCUUGUCUUCACUCUCAUAGAAGAUAACUCGACAUUGAGUUGCAGUUGGCCGUAGCUACUUUCAUAGGCCUUUCAAGUUUUAUGCAACGCAAAAACAACCCGCAAAAUAGAAGGAUGAAGGAAAUUUUUUUACUUCUAUGUUUAUGCAUGUUAGAUUUAACACCAGCGUCUGAACUUUCCUGUGACACCCAGCUAUGGUCGAGGUACCAUGAUGGGGCUGAGGGCAUAUUGUUUAACUUGACUGCAACAAUCGGCAACUUAGACGACACAGCACUGUACGACCCCAGCGCCUGGACUGAUCAACUGUUGAUUCAGAUAAACAUAUCCAAGCCGGUUUUACUGAGGAGUCUUCUAGUUCAAAAUGAGCCGGGAGAUUCUGGUCGUGUGACGGAGUUUGAGCUGCAUACGUCGUACGACUGCUCUACAUACAAUUCACAAAACUACAGGAUAGUAUACGUGAACAAUGGCGAGUUUGAAACUGUUCUCUUAAACAAGAUUGAGUUUGUUUCAUGUCUAAAGAUGGUCAUUACCGAUUUCAUAGAGAUUAUACCGUCUCUUAGUCUGGAACUUGUAGGCUGUGCUGUAACACAAGAUGGAAGUUGCUUGCAUCCUGUGCCACUACCUGCAGAACGAAAUGGAAGUGGUUCGUUACAUAGAGUCAGAGACCUGGCCUUCGAUCAGGAAAUUCUGUUGACAUGGCUGACAGUAGAGCUGCACUCUAACCACUCGGCGGUCGAAAGUUAUUUCAAUAUCUAUUACAGCGCCAACUGCACCAAUUUGUUAUAUUACGACUUGGAUAAUGCAACAUUGUUGAGUGUCAUGUCAAAUGACAGAAAAUCAAAAUGGAUGACAGUUAAACUCAACAACCCAGUCAGUGCCAAAUGUCUUGCCUUGUAUCCUUCAGUGAAAACAGACAUUGGGAAGAUCUAUACUAAUAGAUGCAAUCGGUCCGGCUGUGGCGUCAAACCCUCUGCUGACCAUGGUAGAACAAAACGUAUUGUCAAUGGGGUGAUUAACAGAGUUGGAGAAUGGCCCUGGCUUGUAUCUCUGCAUCACUUGUUCACCGGGAAAGUUGGCUUUACUAGAAUAUCUGGCUACAGACAUGUAUGCGGCGGAUCUCUAAUCUCACCCAGCUGGGUCUUGACCGCUGCCCACUGCUUCGCGAAUGCCCUCUCCAACGUCAGCAACUGGAGAAUUUACUUCGGCCUACACGACCUCACUGAUGACAAGAACGAAAGAGUCCAGAUGAGGUUAAUUGAAAAAGUAUACAUCUACCCAAUGUACAACGAUACUCUGAAUCUUAAGCUAUGGGACAUUGCCCUCGUCCACCUCAGUGAACCAGUCCAGUACACCAGGUACAUCUCUCCCAUUUGCUUAGAUGAGUCGGAGCUGUUUUACAAUGAAAGCCGAUGCACUGCCACAGGAUGGGGACCACUAAGACUUGUUCCAGGAUUUGGUUUUCCUGUUAACCGCUUCCAAAACUCAGGUAACCUGAGGGUCAUUUCUCCAGUUGAAUGCGAUUUGAUCGUAACAGAAACGGUAGGAGAUUCCCCCAUUCCACGCACUGUGGUGUGCACAUUGGGAGACGUAUACGAUGAAUCAAAUUCUACUAAUCGUAGUCCAUGUAAUGGUGACUCAGGUGGGCCACUGAUGUGUGAGGUGAGUGGACGCUGGUACCAAGUUGGGAUAGUGUCGACGGUCUACGGCUGUGCGCUGCCAGGACUUCCAAGUUUUCACACACGAGUGACCUCCUUCAAAUCUUGGAUUAAAGAUACCAUGGCCUUAGAAGAGACAAAUGGCUAGUCUGUUUAAUAUUAUAAACAAACAACUUUCUAUUUAAUACUUUCUAAACAACCCAGAGUGUCACUUUGCUUGUAAUUUACAGUUUCAUUAUCCUUAAAUUAUAUGUAUUAUAUAUCGUAGUGACAUAAUUCAUGAACUUUUAAUUGCAUUUCCUUUAAUAUUCGAUACACUUGUAAAAGGAUUGAAAAC